AUGCUGGUUUUGUCUCAGCUUGUACCUGAGCCUAAAGUCACAUCCUUGGUCACAAUUAAUCAGCUCUCUAAUGGCUUCCGAGUUACGAAGGAGCCUCCCGGUGAUCCAUCGCAACAGGAAGCAAAGCAGAGGGAAGCAGAGAUAAGAAAUACUAUUUUAGCCCAAGUUCUUGAUCAAGCAGCUCGUGCAAGGUUAAGCAAUUUAGCACUUGUGAAACCAGACAAAGCAAAAGCAGUAGAGAAUUAUCUUAUACAGAUGGCAAGAUUUGGACAGCUAGCUGGAAAGGUAUCAGAACAAGGUUUGAUAGAAAUACUUGAAAAAGUGAGUCAGCAAACAGAAAAGAAAACAACAGUGAAGUUCAACAGAAGGAGAGUACUGGAUUCUGAUGAAGAGGAUGAUUACUGAUGCUACUGUAAGGCUGCCAAACGAACGCCUGGAGAAAGGCAACUUGCUGUUGUUAUCAGGCAGAACGCAAGAUCUGAACAUGUUUACGCUUCUUCACUUUUUUUUUUUAUUAUUAUUAUUAUAAAAGGCCAACAAA